AUGUCUCAAUUUAUUGCCACUUUGAAAACUAAUCCAAUUAAUCUGAUCACGGGAGAUGCUUCUGAACCAUUAGGAUUGGUGAAGAAUUAUUUGGAUUCUGUCAUUGGAGAGUACAGGCAAUCAUCUAACAAUAAAACUGAUAUCGAUAGUAUUACAGUCGAUGGCUUGGAUGCCCACCAAGUUUGGUGGCAAGCAAAAAUGGUCAUUGAUAAUAUUGAAGGUGAUCUGAUGAAUAAUAUACAGGAAUUAAAGGAAAUCCUUGAAUCUAGGGAAGAUAACCAUGGCUCUGAUUCAGGACCUGAAGAAGAGGAAUCUGACGACGAACAAGAAAAAUAUAUUGAAGAAAAACAACAAGAAGAUGACGAAGAAGAAGAAGAAGAAGAACCAGAGGAAGAACUUGAAGUCGCUCCUCAUGAUAUUACCAAAGAACAAGAAAGUGAGAAGGAUGGUCUUGAAGAUAAAUAUUCAGAUGCACAUGCUUAUUCAGAUGACGAACCAUUAAUAAAGGAAAAAGAAAGUAACGAUACUGAAAGUAAAAAUAUAGGUAAAGUAUCAGGAAUCGAUGAUGACUUUUUCAAUCUUGAAGACUUCAACAAACAAACAUUAGCCCAAGAAAAUGAAGCAGAAGAUGAAGCAGAGGAUGAAGCAGAGGAUGAUGAAGAUAUAGAUUAUUUUGCCGAUAUGCCUUCCGAUGAAGAGGAAGAAGCUAUAUAUUACGAUGAUUUCUUUGAUAAACCUGAUCACAAGAACGACAAAAGAUCGCUUAAUAAAAGAAAUGAUAGAAAUGCAGAAGUGACUGAAGAAUUGGAUGAGUCAGAUUAUGAUUCUGCGUUAGACUCUGCCAAAUUAGAUUUAUUCGAAGAGGAUUACGCUGAAGACUCCGAUGGUGCCUUUGAAGGUAUGGAAAAUGAUGAAUCCAAGUUAUCGAAUUUUGAAAAACAGCAAUUAGAAAUUCAAAAGCAAAUCCAACAAUUAGAAGAGGAGGCUGUUGCUGAGAAGAAAUGGGCUUUGAAAGGUGAAGUUAAAGCUCAAGAUCGUCCUGACGAUGCUCUUUUAACCGAAGACCUUGAAUUUGAAAGAACAGCGAAACCUGUUCCAGUCAUAACAUCAGAAGUAACAGAAUCACUGGAAGAAAUGAUCAGAAGAAGAAUUCAAGAAGUAAAAUUUGAUGAUUUAGAAAGAAAAAAUUUAUCCUCUCUCCAGACAAGACAACCAAGACCAAAAUUCGAAUUAAGUGAUGUGAAAUCCUCCAAAUCACUUGCCGAAUUAUAUGAAAAUGAUUAUAACGGUACAUCUAAUGAAACAGAGAUAAGUGAAGAACUACAAAAAGCGCAUGAUGAAAUUACAGAAUUAUUUACCAACUUAGAUUACAAAUUAACGGCACUUUCGUCAGCUCAUUUCAUUCCAAAGCCAGCGCAGAAGGCAUUGGAAGUUAGAGUGGAGACAGCAGCCAUAUCGAUGGAGGAUGCCCAACCGCUCACAAUGUCUAGCUCAUCUACUUUAGCUCCACAAGAAGUUUAUAAAGUUGGUAAAUCAACUAAUGAAAAUGAAAUCAGGCUAAAUAAUGGUACUAUAAUGUCUAGAGAUGAAUUGACUAGAGAAGAUAAGAACAGAUUACGUAGGGCUAUGAAGAGAAAGAGAUCAAAGAGACAAGCCUCGCAACCGGCAGCCAAGAAGAGUAAGAAAGAUAAUGUCAUCGAGACUUUAUCCAAGGCUAAGAAUAUUACCGUUAUUAACCAAAAAGGUGAAAAACAUGAUAUCAAAGGUAAUACACAAAGAAGUCCACGAAAUCAAACUAGUGGUAACAUAAAGUUAUAG